AUGAUAGGCGCAGGGAAUGGCUCAGUGAUAGAGAUAACGGGCGGAACGAUCUUUGCCGUAUUGACGUUCAUAUGUCUGAUGAGUAAUGUGCUGCUGAUAGUGGUACUGAUGACGGGACGUAAGCACUUCAAGGGCAUUUACUUCUACACACUCGCUUAUCAGUUGAUCAUCUGCGAUUUCUUGAUCUGUGCAUCGCAGAUUUGCGUCGUCAUUCCUGUUUUCUUCAUGGAUGUGGAUUUGGAUGAGCAGAUCGAGGCAUACAUCGACAGUAUUUUCUUCGAUGUGCUCAUCAAUCUACAUACAGUCGGCUUUUAUGGUAUUCUUCAUUUCACAUUUUUAAUUGCAUUCAACUGCUAUAUUGUUAUCGCUACCAAAACCGGUGCUGCCAUAUUAACGCCAAUGCUGAGGAAUCAGCUUAUCGCUGCCACAUGGAUUUUGACUGCAGGUCUGUCUGCAAUUGGAAUUUAUUUGUGUCAAAAGAAUUUGGAUUAUUAUGGGUUAUAUAUAUUCAAAGACUGCAAUAACUCAGGCGAAUCUGGACGAGCUUACCGAAGACGUGCCAAUAGACGCGAGACAAAGUUGAUAAUUCAAGCAGCAAUCACGUGUGCAGCGCUUGAAAUCGGCAUAAUCGCAUUCAAUGUAUUGCCUCUGAUCGCAGAUUUAGUGCCGUCAAACAUAGCCAUCUGGAUUACGAUCACACAAAAUUGUUUUGUGAUUGUUUGUAAUUCGGUGCAACCGAUGGUCUUCUUUACAUUCAACACCGAAAUCAGAAAACAACUCAAAUAUUUAUUCAGUUGUCAUUAG